AUGUAUCAACAGAAAACAGAAGGGAUCUUGCUAAUGUGUGCCCUUUUUUGGGUGGAUAGAAAUAAUGGCAUCAUGGAGCUGUGCAAAAAGUUUCCGUUUAUGAUAAAUAGGUCCAUAAUUUUCUUUUGUAUAUUCUGCCAUGUUGGGGCUUAUUUCCUUGAGCUCAAGUGGGCACAUCAGGACCACAUUUCACAUGUGAGGCCUGGGUCAUCAUUUGUUUCAGUUGAUACUUUAUUAUAUGACUUUCUGUUAUUCAGGUACAUUAAGAUUGGCUUAUACCAAUUACCUUUUAACAAUUUAGAAUACAAAACUUAUUUCUUGGUAGAAAAGCAACCCUCCACGCUCAAGCAACUUCUUUCUUUCGUCAGUGAUCUAGCUGUACAAAUCAAUAAUGCCAAUUGUACAAAACUAAAUAAGGUGACAAUGUAA